AUGGUUUCAAUACUGAGUGCACCGCCACCUCCAACGGUCAGAGUGUACGACCCUCAGCACAAGCAUCAACUCGAGAAGAACAAGUUGUUUGGUUUGCAACAGCUGCAGAGAUCUCAACUGCAUCACUCGUCAAGUAGCAUUGGCAGUGAUGUCAGUCAGCUUGUAUCAACACCCUCAUCAUCCGUGCACAACUACAACCACAACAAUAACUACAACAGCGGUGGUGGCAGUGUCAGUGGCCACAACAACAGUAACAGCAGUAACAGUAGCAAUAGUAGUAGUCAUAGCAACAGCGUCCCCAGCUCACCAAUGAAGAGUUCUGCAUCCACAUCCAGUUUGAACAGAGGCGCAUUCAAUGAACUUAGCGAACGACCCAAUACAUCAGCUGUCGAUCAAGAGUUACUCAAGAAGAUAUUGAAUGAGGACGAUGAUGAUGUGGACUUGGACGACAAUGAUUUGGACUUGGAGGACAUCCUCAAUGACACGGACAAUAUUGAUGACAGCGAUCUGGGACUCCCAAGCUUUGACAGUGCUGUGCCCGAGACUGGAAUGGUCGUCGGUAGCACUUCCACCAGCGAUCUAGCAUUUAGCUCAGAGUUGCCAAUCGGUUCACCGCUCACCAUUGCCGAGGAGCGUGAGAAGCAGUUGUCCUCAGUGGACACACCACUGCCCAUGCUGUGGCACUCCAAGAACGCACGCAAGCCCUACAAUGGCAUUGUCGUCGAGCCUCAAUACUACACCAAGAUAUCCGAACAGCUGUCAUCGCCCGACAUCAGGAAGGAGAUGGGUUAUCCCACAUGCUUCACGAUUGCAAAGUAUAUAUGUAUAGGUACAUCACAUGGAUAUGUGUUGGUGUUCAACUUUGAUCAGGCACUGCUAAGUAUCAUUGGUGGUGCGAUAUGUGCGGACAGCGGUUCCGUGACGGCAAUCGAUCUACCCAGCUGCAAGGUCAACGAGGAUUGGAUGGUCAGUGGACAUCAGAAUGGACAGGUGUUCCUCUGGGACGUGGUCAGCGGCAAGCCACUCAAACUGCUCGAUAGCAACAUGCACAAACAUCCCAUACUACAUCUGCGCUUCUUCUCUGACGGUCAUCGAUUCAUCUCGUCGGAUGCGCACGGCGUCACCAACAUCCUCACAGUCACCCGUGGACUCAUGUCGUACAACAUCGAGCAACAGCUGCUGCUGAAUGGCAAUCUGGGACCGGUGCUCUCGAUCGCCCUGCUCUUGCCGGGCAACUAUCCACAUCCAUCCGAUCGCUCAUUCAUCGUGGCUCUGGCCACCAAGCGCAAGAUUCUCAUCAUCACGGCGUCACAGGAGGGCAUUGGUGUUCUCAACAACAAGAUCACCAAGCCACAGUACAUCAAGUCGACGGGCGUGCUGCCCUAUCUGUCGUGGCGAAGGGUCGCCUUCCAAAAGAGUCUCGGACACACCAAGCCCCUGGAGCCCAUCCUCGCCAUUGGCUGGGGCAAGAACAUACAGCUUCUACAAAUCGUCACACAGCCAAUGGAUGUCAAGUUCUUGAAUCCCGAGUUCAUCAUCGUGGCCGAGUACCAGACAGACAAUGACAUCUGCGGAUUAGAGUGGCUCGACUCGCAGACCAUCCUCUUGCACAAUAUCAAGGACGAGCUGCGAGUGUUUGAUCCGUUCGCACUCGAAGAGGUGGAGAGCGUCAACAUCAAGUCAAUGCAACUCAUUCAUCAUUCCAAGCUCCAGAACGUCUACUCCUUCCACAACACCAUCCGUACAUUCAAGGCACAUGUCUACCUGCUGGGCAAUGCAGGCCUGUUUAGUGCGCACAUUCUCACAUGGCUCGAGCGUCUCUCCAUCCUGGUCAGCCACCAUCAAUGGUUCGAAGCGCUUUGCCUCUCGCUGGACUUUUACGAGGGCAAGGCCAAGGCGACGACUGGUCUAUCGUCCAACACUGUCGACUCAAAGGUGAUCACUGGCGACAAGACAAUCGAGAUUCUCUCACAGCUCUGCAGUCUGGUGUUCUCAUCAGAACCCGACAUGAUCAAGGACCACACGCUGAUACCAAAGUCGAUGUUUGUCGACUCCAAGUUCAUGGAUCCCACCGUGCAGCGUCUCAACGUCUACCAGCAGCUGGCAUUAAUCGCCAUUGAGUUCUGUGUGGACAUCAAGCGCACUGACUUCUUGUUUGGCGAGGUAUUCAACUACUAUGUCGAAGCGGGCAUGGUUGGUACGAUACUCGAGCUGCUCGAGCCGUACAUCUUGCGCGACCGACUCACCCAUCUCAACCCCGAGGUGAUGCAGUACCUCAUGUCACACUACCAGGAGCGCAAGGUCCUGUCGCGGGCCGAGCAGUGUCUGCUUCACCUGGACAUUGCCAGUCUGGACUUUCACCAAACCGUCAUUCUCUGUCGCAAGCACGGCCUGUACAGCGCGCUGAUCUAUCUCUACAACAAAGGCCUGGACGACUAUAUCACGCCCUUGGAGGAUAUGAUGGAGGUCGUCAUCAAGCCACAUCAGGAAAACAUCGACCUGGACGAUAGAUCCAAAGAGGUAGCCUAUCGCCUGCUGCUCUAUCUACAGUACUCGUUGACGGGUCGAUCAUUCCCUCGCGGCAUGAUCCCAGCGAGCCGGGUUCCAACUCUCAAGCUCGAGUUGUACGAGUAUCUAUUCCUUCGCAACAUCUUCCCCGAGGACCCGACACUCUAUCCUCGCCUGUACCAUCUGCUCAAGUUUGACUCGACCGAGAUGUUCAAGAUCCUCUCGUCAUCGUUUGACGACGAGUAUCUGGCCACACACAAUCGCGCCACACCCCUGCUGAUCCCACCCAUCCCCUUCAACGUCAAUCGCUCCAACCUCAACCACUUCAACAUGCUCUCGGUGCUACUGUUGAUUGUUAUCGAUCGCUCCCAGGAGCCCUACAACGCCAAGGACAAUGAUCGUUGGCCCUUCAGCCUGCAGGUACAGGGCCAGAUGUACUACCUGGUUGCGGCAUGCAUCAAACGCAAGCUGUUCACCAAGAUCGAGCAACAGCUACUCAAUAGGAUGAUGGGCCUGCUAGCGGCGGCGCCCGUCACCCAGACGCCCAUGUUUGAGAGCGUCGACCGCCAGUCGGCGCUCCUCACCAUCCUGCAGGAGUUCCCCGACACCAAGGACUUUGACUACGAGCGACUGCUGGUGCUGUGCGAGGGCCACGAGUUCUAUCGCGUGAGCCAGUAUCUGUACGGCCUGCAGGCCAACUACAACAAGAUGAUCUCGUGCCAGAUCAAGGACCCAGAGACCAAGUCACAAUCAUUCGAUUACAUCAGGGAUCUGUUGUCAAUGACCGAGUUGAGCGAUGAGGCGAGACAGAGUAUCAAGUCGACCACCAUCUCGUUGUUGGCACAGCUCAUCAUCAUUGACAGCACUCAGACGGCACAAUUGAUUAUGGAUCACUUUGCAUCGGACCAUGAGAAGAUACUCAAGGAGCUGGGAUCAUUCCCCAAGCUGCAGUACACCUACUUGGUUGGCUUACUUGGCAAUGACAGUGUAUCACGUGGUACCUUUACACAAAAGACUGGUAUCAACAUAUCCAAUGAGACCUACGAGUUGUACAUCAAGUUGAUGUGCAUGUACUCACCUCAGACCGUGUACAAGUAUCUCUCCACACAUGAUGACUAUCCACUUGACUCGUGUCUAAAGAUUUGUCAACAAUAUAAUAACUUUGAGGGUGCAACAUAUCUCUUGGAACGAACUGGCGAUGUCAAUAAGGCACUUGAGAUGAUACUGAUCACACUCAAGACAAGGAUUGAAGACCUUUUGAAACACUUCUCUACAGUAUUUGCCAAUGUAAAGAAUAUCAAGAAUGCAGACAAGCCAGCGCCACAAGAGAAGGAGGUGAUGGAUAUACUGAACAGUGCAAUCUCGCUGUGCCAGAGGAACUCUGCAAAGUUACAAAGCACGGAGAAUCAGAUGAUAUGGUUCAAGUUACUAGACACCAUUGUAACAUUUGUCAAGCGAACGAAACAAUCACUCACUUCCAAGGAGGCACUAUCAUCAAGGGCAUCACUAAGUCUAAGUGGUUCAUCAGUACCAACGACUUCAACGACAUCUACAACAUCUACAUCACCACCACAAUCAUCAUCGAAUAGUAGUGAUUCACUUGAGAAUGGCAAUCUCAACAAACAACCAAAGAGUGCUGUCUACACCAAAUGCACGACCUUCUUGAACAAGUUGGUGCAUCACAUAUUGAACAGCAUGAUGGGUUACGUAGCACUGCCACUCAUUCUCACAAAGAUCGUCAAUGACCAUGGUACCGAUGAGUUUGGCGACUUCAAAUCAAUUAUCACCGGAAUGUUGGAUACAUGUACCUUUGAGACGAGUAUACUAAACACAGCAAAUGCACUGAUCCAGAGGGAUAUGUUUACAACGACCGCACAGUACAUUCAGAAGCGAUCAAAGGCCUACUCACCAGACUCUGCCAGAUGUUUGAUGUGUAAUCGACCACUGAAGGAGUUCCCCAAUCAAUCUGGUGUACAGGCUUCACCAACAGACUUGAUCAUCAUCUUUGAGUGUCGUCAUUCAAUCCACUCAACAUGUCUUGGCAAGCACACGGUGUGUCCAUUGUGUAGCAGCUCUAAUCAUAGUGGAGGUGGACAUGGACACGGUCAUGGACAUGCCAAGGACAAGUCCAAGAAGCCAGCAGUCGGUGGUGUGGCCAAUUCCAACUCACGCGACAAAUCAAAGGAUGACGAGCCAGGCGUGGACCCCAAGAAGCAACUGGCACAGGAGCGAGAGAAUGAUCAAAAGGCCACGAUGGUCUACCUGGAGCGAUUGAACAACUUUUCAAAGAUGUCCAAGAGAGCAUCAAUGUACAACUUUGACACAUUCAAACUUCAACAGAGUAUCAACGCAGCAGCAUUCGACGAUGAUGGAAUGGAGGAUGAUAUGAGGAGACCUCCUGCUGGACAAAGGUCACGACCAAAGAGUGGAAGGAUAUCUCAUCAAAUAUAA